AUGCCUUUUUCCUUCUUCUUCUUCUGCAAUUUUGGUCUGACAGAAUUGCACAUGAUAUCAAGUAUGGAAAGUGAUUAUUACAGUAGGUUUAUAGGUUACAGGUGUGUUGAACUCCACUUCGUUUCACUUCGUUACGUUCAACUGUUUAUAGAUUACAGUAGGUUCAUAGGUUACAGGUGUGUUGAACUCCACUUCGUUUCACUUCGUUACGUUCAGCUGUUUAUAGAUUACAGUAGGUUUAUAGGUUACAGGUGUGUUGAACUCCACUUCGUUGCACUUCGUUACGUUCAACUGUUUAUAGAUUACAGUAGGUUCAUAGGUUACAGGUGUGUUGAACUCCACUUCGUUUCACUUCGUUACGUUCAACUGUUUAUAGAUUACAGUAGGUUCAUAGGUUACAGGUGUGUUGAACUCCACUUCGUUGCACUUCGUUACGUUCAACUGUUUAUAGAUUACAGUAGGUUUAUAGGUUACAGGUGUGUUGAACUCCACUUCGUUUCACUUCGUUACGUUCAGCUGUUUAUAGAUUACAGUAGGUUUAUAGGUUACAGGUGUGUUGAACUCCACUUCGUUGCACUUCGUUACGUUCAGCUGUUUAUAGAUUACAGUAGGUUUAUAGGUUACAGGUGUGUUGAACUCCACUUCGUUUCACUUCGUUACGUUCAACUGUUUAUAGAUUACAGUAGGUUCAUAGGUUACAGGUGUGUUGAACUUCACUUCGUUGCACUUCGUUACGUUCAACUGUUUAUAGAUUACAGUAGGUUUAUAGGUUACAGGUGUGUUGAACUUCACUUCGUUGCACUUCGUUACGUUCAACUGUUUAUAGAUUACAGUAGGUUUAUAGGUUACAGGUGUGUUGAACUUCACUUCGUUGCACUUCGUUACGUUCAACUGUUUAAAGAUUACAGUAGGUUCAUAGGUUACAGGUGUGUUGAACUCCACUUCGUUGCGCUUCGUUACGUUCAACUGUUUAUAGAUCACAGGAGGUUUAUAGGUUACAGGUGUGUUGAACUCCACUUCGUUUCACUUCGUUACGUUCAGCUGUUUAUAGAUUACAGUAGGUUUAUAGGUUACAGGUGUGUUGAACUCCACUUCGUUGCACUUCGUUACGUUCAACUGUUUAUAGAUUACAGUAGGUUCAUAGGUUACAGGUGUGUUGAACUCCACUUCGUUUCACUUCGUUACGUUCAGCUGUUUAUAGAUUACAGUAGGUUUAUAGGUUACAGGUGUGUUGAACUCCACUUCGUUGCACUUCGUUACGUUCAACUGUUUAUAGAUUACAGUAGGUUCAUAGGUUACAGAGAUGAAUUUCAAAUUGAAUUAGCAUAUAAAAGCAAUUUCUCAUCAAUUAAAAUCCCAUAA